AUGAAAGGAAAAGCAAUUAUAAGCAUACUCUGUCUGCUGACAGGAGGCAUACUGCACGCGCGCGGAAGCGUAGCCACGCACAUAAAUGGGUUGAGAGACUCGAUUGGCCAAGGCAUUGGCGUUAUAGGGCAAGCCGUCAGCAAUUUCACGCAUUUUGGUGCGAGAGCUCCUUUGUCAGAAGAAAUGUUUGUAAACAACCAGUUUGACGAAUAUAAAGACCGAUACAUGCCUCGGGCUCCCAUGGAAGACCGAAGAUACUUUCUAUUUGAGUCGCACGACUAUCUAGAGAGAAGGCUGAGCAGCUUAAAAUAUUCGCUGAUAUAUUCAAUUACGCCGCCGGAUGGCGAGAUUGCAUUUUUAAGCGACUCGUCUCCGUACAGAGGACACAUGUACACCAAUAGAGGAGUCAAAAAGAUAACCCGAAAGCCAAAGGGGUUUGGGUUCAUGUUCGUGUUCCCGAGUUCACAUGAAACCCUGCAGAAUACCUUGGAUGGCAUAUACACACUGGAAAAAAAAGAUGCCAUAAGCUGGGAUAGCACGAUGAUCACCCAGAACGAGUACAAGGAAAUCCAGACGGAGGAACUGUGGAAUGCACAGGCUUUUUCCACAAUUAUGUCUCUGGAGGUUUCAGAAGCCAUCAGCCAGAAAGCCCUAGGCCUGCCCGCAUACAAGAACCAGAUGCUAGAGUCUUUUGACUCCCUGCGGGCGCUUUACACGUACAGAAUAGGCGAAGUGCAAAACUUUUUAGAGGGCAUCAGGUUUCUGAUAAACGAGUUGUAUGAAAAUACCGACAACACAAAGAAGCACGACAUAGAACAGAAGAUGAAGAUCAACAAACACAUUUUUGAGCUCAUGGUUGAAAAUGGCAACGCGCAAAUAAAAGGCCUAGCCGAUACGAUAGAAAGCCAUCUUGUGAAUCUGUCCAAGCUUUCGCCAAGCUCGGAAAACCUGCUGAAACUGCCGAGCAACUAUAAGGAAAUCGAAAAUAUGUGCAGCAGAAUUUCACAUCUGUUAACAGCCCAGCAAAAAGCGAAUGGAAGGAUAGACAAUACUCAUAUAAUCUAUCAUACAGUAAGUGAUUUGACAGAAAAUAUUAGCGAGAUGAUAGCGAAUUUUUUCAAAAUCAUUUCCUACGACAUCUCCGAAAUAGCAGACACUUCUGUGCGUUCUGGCACAGGCAGCAGCGUGCGUUCCGCUGAAGAGUUAAGUAGGCAGGAUGCCAAAGCACACGAAUACAUGCAGAUUUUGAAUCGCGAAAUAACCAGGCUAAACACCUUCAAAUCAUAUGCCAGGCACUGCGUGUCGAUGCAAGGGCAUCUGGUUCACAGAAUAUCCAGAGAUCUUUCCUCGUCAAACGUGCUCAUCUACCAUGUACACAGCAGGGUUCCGCCCAUCUCAACGCCCUCAACGCCCUCAGCGCCAACCACCGCCAGAACAGCGCCGCCCCAGCAAAGGCGCGUCCAAACCCAGGAAGAGAUUGCGCUAAAUGCGUUUGACCAAGCCUUCAUCCAUCCGUUACGAGGCGAGCACGACAGCAAGAGAAAGGAAAAGGCGAUAAAAGCCGUGGACCAGAUCAUCAGCAUUCUAAACUCCCAGAUAGAAAAUGCCAAGAAAACAAAAAAAUCCAGCAUUCUCAGCCUAGAGCACGGCGCCUUGAUGAACUCGAAAGCGCAGAAGCACCUGCUCUCCAGCAUCGCUCUGGAGCAGAGCGCGCAAGCACAGCGGAAGCAGGAGCUUCUUCGUCUGGAUGCGAAGAAGAGUGCGCUGCUGCAGGUGAUAGAAGAAAUUACCCGCAGGGAAAAAAACAUAACCGAGUACCUCGACACCGUCCAGAGCAAGCAGAAACAGGAGGACGUAGAGCACCAGAAAAAGCUAGCUGAACUCAGCCUCUCUAUAGACGCAAAAGCCAAGCGCAUAGCCCAGAUAGCCAAUGAAGAAAAAACGGUAGAAAGUGCGAUAAAAAAGACAAGCCAAAAGAACGCCGAAACCCAGAAAAGUCUAGACGCCAAAAAAACAAAUUUGAGCAGCCUAGAAGCCUCUCUUCGCAAGAAAGAAAGCGAAAACUCAAAGAAGCUGCAGGAGGUCAAAAAGGCAAACGAGAAAAUGCGAGCCGAGAUAAAAGGCAUGGAAAAGAAGCUGAAGGACAGCGAGAAAGAGGGAAAAGAGGCUUCCGCCAAGACCGAGAAGGCGAAGGGCUCUCUGAAAGCUAGGCUUGGAAACCUUCAAAAAAUCUCGGACCUGCAGAAGCCCUUGCAGGCUCUGCAGAAGACGCUGGCGCCGCUGAAAGACGGGAAGGACCCGAAAACCGACCCGAAAGAUUUGGCAAUUCCUCGCCUCACCACUUUUAUAUGCGAUAUAGAGAAGGACGCAAGCCCAAACUAUUCGCACAAAUUAUGCUCUACUUUAAAGAGUAUGGGUGGAGAAGCUGGGCACAAAAAUGUUCUGCAGAGUCUGGAUGAUCUGCAGGCGUGCAAAAAAGAUACGGAAGCCGGCGCAUUGGUUAAGAACAACAAGCUCCUAGAAACCAAGCUGCAGGAGGCCGAAAACAGCAUAAAGUUGCUGCAGAAAUCUCUGAACGCCCUGACUACAAGUGCAUCUGCUGCAAAAGGGGAGCUGAAGGAUCUUAAGCAAGCAGGCGCGGAUAUGGCCCAAAAGAAGUCUCUGGACUUCGGGCUGCAGAAAGCCCAGCUUUUUAAGAUCAGAGAUGAAAUGGUUGCACAGGCAGAGAAAAUGCCGUUUGGAUUUAAGAAAGCUCUAAACGUGCGCAGCAUCAAGUCUAUAAAGCAGAGUGAAGCUGCUAAAACAGUGGCUGCUAAACUGAAUGCGUUCUUGGCUGAGUUUUUGGAGGCAGCGGAGGCUGCAAGAAAGCAGCUGUCCGAGAAAAAGAGCACCGUAAAAACGUGCGAAGUUCGGGUUAGUUCAUUGAUUAAGUCGUAUGAAGACAAAAUUGCGGCUUCAACAACGACAACCAAAAAACCUACUACGACGUCGACGACAACUACGGAAAAACCUACCACAACGUCAACAACUACAACUACAGAAAAACCUACUACGACGUCGACAACUACAACCACGGAAAAACCUACCACAACGUCGACAACUACAACCACGGAAAAACCUACCACAACGUCAACAACUACAACCACGGAAAAACCUACCACAACGUCAACGACAACCACGAAAAAACAGGAAAUAGCGACCAAUAAAAUGAGGGCGUCGGAAAAGGUAGUAAAGGUAAAUCCAGCAAAGAGCAACCCUGUGGUUACGCAAGACAAUGCGGAUGAACUUUUUGGCCCGGAGGAAUAUCCCAUAGUCGUUGAUAAAACCAAGCCACAGCCCACCCAGGAGGAAAAGGCUCCAGACUUUGACCUCAACAGGCUGUACAAGAGCCGCAAGAACAGCACUGCAAAAGGCGAAUUCAACCCGGAAGUUGCUGUCGCCCCCCCUAAUCCGACUCAAACUCUGCCUGAAAAUGAACCCAUCGACUCUUCGAACAAGACGUUUUGGGAUAUGUUCUCUCCCUUCGACCUGCCAGACACGCGGCCCAUCUAUAUAGCACAAAACAGCUCAAACUUGGCCCCAGAGGACGUCCCAAAGACAGACCUUGUCCAAAACUUCACGCCCGACAAUAGCGACGACGACAGCAGCGUGUUUAGCGAAGAGCGCUACCCAACCGUGCAUGAAAAAAAAUAG